AUGAUGCCAAACGUGCGCGAAUCACUCGAUGAUUGUCACAUGCGGUACUACACGUACAACAGCGUGGAGCCAUCGGAAACCCCAACCUACGUCCGACCUCGCUUACCGUAUCGGGAAUUUCCCCAUUCAGCCGUCAUCGGCUGGACCGGUGGACCGGGUGGCUCGAUUCGGUGGGGCUGUCUUGGUGUAAUCGUGUGGGAAAACUUUAUCCUAACGUCAGCGAGCUGCACUGCGGGCGGAAACGCUGUAGCGCCCGAUGUAGUCCGUGUGGGUGAUCUAGCGAAGGAGAACGACGAUCGUGCGGUGCAGCAGUUUAAUGUCUCCGAAGUUAUACAACAUCCCGCGUACAAAGCCGGUGACCGGGUGCACGAUAUUGCGUUGUUGAAGUUGGCAUCGAAGGUGCAACUGGACGCCACAGUGGUUCCAGCUUGUUUGUGGAAUUCCGAUGAGUUUCGAUUUCGGACGCUCGAUGCCGUAAGAUGGGACGCUUCAGGAGCAAAUAAGAUAUCGAAGGUGAAAGUGCAAACCUCUCCGGGAUUGUGUAACAGUUCGUUGGAAGUGGAAAACCCCGGUCGAAAUCGAUCCCUUGAGCUGUGCGUUGAAAGUAUAGGACCGGAUACGUGUCUGAGUAACACGGGUGGAUUUAUUCAAGUGAGCUUGCAACACAAUGCUAAGUCAUCUCCGUUCGUCGUUGGCAUCGGCUCACCGUUCGAAGGACGUUGUGGUACAUCACAACCUACCGUUUAUACCCGAGUUCAGCCGUAUGUGGACUGGAUCCGGUCUACCAUCGAGAAGAGCGGCGAGGAAGCUUGGGAAUGGAAGUUCAAACCGGCCGAAUGUGCACUUCGUCGCGUUAACCUGCGACAGUACGAACCGGAUGUGGUGGUCAGCAGAACCGAUUCGGUAGAGACGGUACGACCAGGCGUGAGUCCUAGUUUUACGGAUCCACUUAACACGAAAGCGAUGGUGGAGAUUCCCUACGGGUUCAUCUGGAAGGAUCGUACCGGCUGUUAUGGGUUGAUCAUCGAUGAGGACACGGUGCUAACGCUGGCACAGUGUACCACCAAAUUUGGAAUCCGUGCAUCGCAUGUCGUUAACUACAAUGGAGAACAGAACCCGGUGGUAACCCAUUACAAUCAUCCGGGUUAUCGGGAGGAAACUCAGUACAAUAACAUUGGCAUACUGAAGGUGAAGAACCGUUUUGGCUUCGGUGGAAACUUCGUACCGGCUUGCAUUUGGCAUGGGGACACAAUUCCUGGCGAUCGAGUGGAAGUGGUUGGUACCGGAAGGGUGGACUUAAAUUUCUUUAGCUUGCACAACGAGUCUGUUGAUGUGUUUACGCCACAAGAGACGAAACUUGUCGCACAAGUGAACGUACUUUCACUCGACAACUGCUCCUAUUCCGAAGAAUUCAGUGGAGGACUUCCGGCGGGAUUGGUAGCGGAACAGUUGUGCCUCGGGAAUGAACCCUACCUGGUACCAGACACCUGCGAUCAGUCGUUCGGCGCACCGAUUCUUGGCAACGUGAAUAAGUUUGAUCGCCCGGUACGGUUUGCGUACGGCCUGCACUCGUUCGGACGUGAUUGUGGCUUUGGACGGGCCGUCGUUGGCGUAAGACUGGCUUCGCAUGUCCACUGGAUAAAGUCGAUCGUACUUCCCGACUACCGAAAGGACAGUGGAUCGUUGCACUUUUUGCAUUCCGAGCUGGAGCACGGUGACUGGUGCCAGCACGUCGAUGAGAGCGAGGGAAUGUGCGUCGAUGUGGAACGGUGCCCGAGAAUACGAUACGAGUUCUCGAUCGACCGGAGGGUGGUGUUCUGCAAUCGACCCACGACCGUGUGCUGCCCUUACGAGAGCAUCGUCAAUGAAACGUCUCCGGCCGCUCGACUGCUGGAUGAGUGUGAAGAGCGGUCCCGAGGGAUUCAAGCUUCGAAAGGACCCAUCGAUGACGAUGAUUACCCACAUAUUGUCGAUAUAGGAUGGCAAGCGGGAUCCGGAACGCGCUGGAUGUGCACGGGAACGAUCAUCACACCCGCGGCCAUCCUAGCGGGAGCCCAAUGUUUGCUAGCGCAGCCGGAUCUUCCAACAGUUGUGCUCAUUGCCUCUAAUUAUACUAUCCCUGUAAAGGAAAUCAUUCGCCAUCCUCUGUACGACAACAAUACCAAGAAAUAUGACAUCGUAGUACUUAAACUUGACCGCCCGAUCGAUAGUUCCUCGACGAGAAAAUAUCCAGCUUGCUUGUGGACCAAUCAGACACACACUCCGUUCGGCUUGACACAGAUUGCGAUCAAUGAGACCGACGAAUUUAUCCAACAGGCCACACCGAUGUACAACAAAGAUUGUGAUAUGUCGGUCAAAGGGCUAAACUCGAGUCAACUGUGCGUGAAUGUGCGUUCCUCGGAUCCUACGGCUGCUUAUGUUGGUGAUCCCCUGUUUUGGACGAAACGGCCGGCGGAUGGAUCGAGUGUACAUUUUCUAGUGGGCAUGAUGAGCUACGCUGCGCCAGAUGCGGUGGGGCUCUAUGUGCAUAGUCGCCUUUCUUGGUUCGUCGGUUGGAUUAGGAGUGUUUUGUAAACGGGACGAUGUUGGUGAAGAGAACUUUUAAA